AUGCAGUCUAUAAAACGGCUCGUAUAUGGUCCGACGAAGGAGGAACGUGUACGAGAAGUACAACGCCGCCUUCGUCAAGAGCAGCGUGGCCUAGACAGAGAGAUCCGACAAAUUGAUCAGGCCAUCGUGAAAGUCAAAGGUGAUAUCAAGCGACUAGCGCGCAAAGGAGACGUGAAAAAUGCGACAGUGCUUGCCAAGGAGGUAGUUCGAUCCAAGAAGCACAGGACCCGCUUGAUUACAAGCAAGGCACAACUCAACAGCAUAUCCCUCCAGCUGCAGCAGCAAUUAUCGAUGCUUAAGGUAACGGGGCAUCUCCAAAAGUCCACAGAAAUCAUGAAACUAUCGAACAACCUUAUCAAGAUACCCCAGAUGUCGCAGUCUAUGCGGGAAAUGAGCGCAGAGCUCAUGAAGGCAGGGAUCCUCGAAGAGAUGAUGCAGGACACAUUGGAUGCCAGUAUAUUGGGCGAAGACCAGGACGAAAUCGAGGAAGCCGCGCAGGGCGAGGUCGAACAGGUGCUCUACGAACUGACAGAUGGUCAAUUGGGAGAGGCUACGUCGGCCUCAGCUUUGCCACAGCUAGACACAGGGGCCACGUCGCAUGCCGAUGCCGAGAACAUAGAAGAGAUGCAGGCCGCUCUGCAGGGCUUGUUGCAAGGGCAGUAG